AACGUACUGCCAACCUAGCAGACUGCUUAUCAUAACCUUAAAUUUUGACGUAUAUGCAAUGGCGUUUAGUUCGUGAUGAGUGUAUCAAGAUUCUUUGCUGGUUUUUCGUUACAGGUUUUUAAGAAGUUUAUUUUUCCAAAUUUUAUUUUCGUCUUAUAUUGAAGUUUCAAGUUUGCUGUUGGAUUUUAAUGAGGAUGUUGAACUGUAACAUAAAAAACAUCUCAUGAACGAGAUAUGAUGCUAUUGCUUUGACGUUUAUCACUCAAUACUGUAAUGGCUGCAAUGGAAACUGUGGAAGGUUUGCAGCCAACAAUCAAUCUCCUCAAUGAGAAUUUAUUCGAGUUACGCUGUUUGCUUAGAGCUGGUGAGAUCCGUUACAGUGCACAUUGUGAAAUUGGUAGAAAACAACUCUUGGCAUUCACGACGGGAAACGCUGAUCUUGUACUUCACUAUCAAAGAGAUGUCAAUUGUGCGCCCAUAAUCAAAAGGGUACCUUGGUUUCAAGGAUUCCAUAAACGUAUUUCUGCUCUUUGUUUUGAUCCAUCUGGAACAUGGCUUCUCACUGCAAGCAUUGAUGGCUCUUUAUACAUUGUGCCUGCCUUAGCAUUGGUUGAUGAAAAUUUAAGCAUAGAUCAUAGAUGGGCAACAAAUGACAUAACAUCAUUUUCAUCGCUAAAUACUCAGUCUUCAUAUGCUAGGCCUAGCGCGUUAGCGUGGUGGCAGGGAGUGGUUGAAUCUAGCCAUGUUGGUAUAAUAGGAACUGAACAUGGCGAAAUUGUGCUUGUGAAUUUAGAAAGUGGUCGCCAAGUUGGCUUGACAAAUGUUAAAGGAAAUGUCUCAAGUCUACACAUUUGCCAAGAUAAUAGUCUUGACGUCGUCUCUCUUCUUAUUACAAGUCAAAUACACCAGCAAUGGAGACUAAUUCUGGAACAGCGUACAAAUGGCUAUGUUUUUCCUUUGGAUAGUGGCAAAUCUUUCCAUCGUUCUAAUCCUCUCUUGUAUUCAACUGGAGCAUUAAAUGAUGAGGCAAAAAACUUUCCCACUACUAGGUCUCGGCUUCAAGGCUUGAAACAACUGUCCGUUGAAAAACUAGCCAUACUGAAGCAAAAACUGGCUGAGACAAGAAGUCGCAGUCUGACUGGACCAUCUGACAGACGAGAUAGUAGCAGUAGCGGAGGAACUGAUGAUACAAUAAUAGUUGGCUUGAGCAGACAUACUUCCGAACGAAGAGUAGAUUCACUCAAUCCGGAAUUAGUACCACGUGAUAUGUUUCUCACACCACAAUACACUCGACAAGGGCAACAUUUAUUUACUGGCUAUCAUUCUCUGACUAAUCAUCUAACAAUUCACGAAACCGAUGCCUCUGUGGUGCCUCUGUAUGUGCAUAAGAUGCCACCUUUUUGUCAUGACAUUUUGCUUACACAACGUCUAUUUUAUGUCACUGACGUCCAUCAGAAAUCUCUCUCUAUUAUAUCUUGCCCACUGUCUGAGACACGCAUUGGUGGGGAUACUGAGUUUAAUUCUGAGGCAGUGAUUGGACGAUUUUCAUUCACAAAGAAUAAUGAAGUUAUAGAUAAAGUAUAUAGAGUAACAGAUUUUAUAGUACCACAAUCAAAGGAUGCCACUGGAAAUGUUGAGUCUUAUCAUGGUCUGCCAAAAAAAGUGGAGGAUCUCAAACUUGAUAUUCCUUUAGUGGACACUUGUAUAAUAGUGACCAAUUUUGCUGCAUAUAAAGUUAUGAUUAGAAGACCUCUGCUCUCAGUUUUCAUGGAUCUUGUAUUGAAAUACAAGGAAUUAGAGAAAGCCGAAAGAUUAGCCUUAGUUUUUGGGUUAAACCUACAACAUCUACUGGAAAAUGCUGGAGACAUACUUCUGUCGAACAAAGAAUUCCCGCAAGCUAUCGUUCUUUAUAAAUUGUCAAGAUGUCGAUUGUUGAAAAGUGUUUUAAAGUUUGCUUCGGCUGGGCACACAUCAGAAUUGCUCAGCUAUGUUACCGCUUGUUUAACACCGCCAUCAGUUACAGAGUUAUCAAUUGCAACAAGAAUACAUUUGUCAAAUUUGAGUGUAAUGGCGUUUACUGAACUAACUCUUCGUGCUUCCACGCAACAAUUUAAUCAAGUUCACAAACAAUUUUCAAACUUUUUAUCAUCAAAUACUUUUUAUGAUGAGGUGCUGGCAGUUAAUGUUGCUGGGCAAACUGGUCUUUGGGAAGUUUUACAACAGCUAGCUACUCAAAGAGGACUUUAUGCUCAGGUUCUUGACGUUCUAAUGAAGGUUGUACGUUCGCUGAACACAAAUAGCUCUCAGCUUUCACCUCAUCAACUUGAUUCUGGCUUACUCAUGUGCCUAAGCGAAUCAGGCCUAAUUCAAGCAAUGUUGGUGUUUCCAAACUUGGCAAAACACCAUUCAGCUUUUGUACUAGCCAAUCUUCCUAGAUUACAAUUGUUUGCUCUCCAGAGACUGACAGCAUUAUAUGAUCCCACAAACCCAGUACUUCGACCUCUAUUGAUUCGAUGCCGAGCUCGACAUCGUACUACGUCGCAUAGCUCUCAGUCUAGUCAAUUUGAUUCUUUAGAUCUAUCUGAGACCGCAGAUGAAACUGGUACCCCAGUUGAGGAGAUAGUAGAAACCUUCCUUCUUAUUUUGUUGACCCUCAUCCACAAAAGAACUCCAAACUUAAAUUAUGAACCAGAAUUGAUGCAACGGAUACAAGUGCCUAAUACAGAAAAGGAUUUUGAAGAAAUAAACUCAAAUGCAGACUUUAAGAGGAGAGCCUUGAGCGCUGGAUUGUCGCAUGUGGCCCUCAUUAGAAACAAUAACGUGUAUACCUGGGGUAAUGCCUUACAAGGAUGUCUAGGAACUGGUCCAACGAUGUCUAGAUACGGAUCUCCUCAGGUACUACCCACUUUUCAAAACUUCAACGUGGAAGUACUUAGUGUUUCAUGUGGACAGUGUCAUUCGUUAGCUGUGACCAACAAUGGAAUAUAUGCUUGGGGUGCUAGUCAAUAUGGUCAACUUGGACUGGGGCAAAAGUUGCAAUGUCCAACUCCUGAAUUGAUAAUAUGUCUGGCACAAGAGAUUAUUGUCGAUGCUGUGGCUGGUCAGUAUCAUUCUGUGGCAUUGACCAAGGAUGGUAGAGUUUUUACAUGGGGCUGGGGGGUUCACGGUCAAUUAGGACAUGGCAAUACAAAUCAAAGAAGCAUUCCAACAUUGGUCACCUUCUUGUUGGGCACUAUUGUACGGCAGAUAAGUGCUGGUCAUGCCCAUACAUUGGUACUCACUGCUGAAGGUGAUGUGUACUCGUUUGGAAGUAACGUGUUUGGCCAGCUAGGGAAUGGAACUAACAUCAAAUCAUCAUUACCUGUUAAAGUCAUAUUGUUGCCAGAAAAAGUUGCUUUGAUAACUACUGGAUAUUUUCACAGUUUGGCGGUCACUGUGACAAAUAAGUUGUACACAUGGGGAGCAAGUCCUCAAGUUUUACGUUUACAAGCACAAGCACAAAAAAAAGCUAGGGUACUUCAGCAACAAAUUGCUUUAGAAAAAAUUACGAAAGAUUCUGAAUCAACAGACAAGUAUGAUGAAAUCGCACAAGAUAAUAACACAACAGUACAAUUUGAGAAAAAAGAUGCACAAGUCGAUGACAUACAAAGUACAAAUAGUGUAUCCAAUAAUGGUCCGUUACACGCAAGGCAAACUACUACUAAUGUAAAAUUGCCGAAGAGUCCGAGUUUUCGAGGUAUAAAUGUUGGGAUGAUCGAAGAAGCACAAACUCAUCUGCAACCUUCAUUAGUUGAUACAAGCUUAGUACAUGGACAAAUAAUACAGAUUUCAACAGGAUGUCAUCAUUCGAGUCUCCUGACAAAAGAUGGAUCGGUAUAUACUUGGGGACGUAACUUAGAUGGCCAGAUAGGCAAUGGUAGUCGCCGUGAAGUUACAAUUCCUACUCCUCUGAGUUACAAUCCUGCUUCUUCAUUGGCGAAGGUGCCACCUCGCAACAAUGGUUACCGAUCAAACGAAAAAAGAUAUAGCCUAGGUACAGAUAAUGAAACCAUCAAGGGUGGGGAAAAUCAAAGUGAUGGUAAAUCGGGUUACGUGUUAACUAAUGGCAAUGAAGAUAUCAAGCGAGAUGGUAGCAAUCGAGCAAUCAAAGCAGUUAGUCUCUGUUGUGGUUGCGACUACACAGUAGCCAUGCAGCCAGGGGGAACUGUUCUUGCAUGGGGUAGUAACAAUAUGGCGCAGUUGGGUCGCCCUCCAGUAGAGGAUACACGAGGCGUCGAGGGAAAAUUAGUUUUGCUCAAAUCUUCUAGACGGGUCGUACGUUUGCCACAUGCCGCUCACUCGGCCCUAGACACCCCUAGUCAAGUUCCUAAUAUUCCUACUCCUGUGAUUUCGUAUCGAAGUUACGACGUAACUCCGUUAGCUGGACUGGUUGAACCUCUGAGUGUUGUGGAAAAGUCCUUGGGAGAAACCACAUUACACUAUAUAUUGGAACGGCUUAACGGAUUAUAUGACAGUGCCAAGAUAUUGGAUAAGUGUAUACAAUUAGGUAAUUAUCAAGCCGCAUCGAAAAUUUGUCUUCUGGAACGUAAUUUUACAGAUGCUCUUGCGUAUCAGUUUAAAAUAUUGAAUACUUCACAGCUGCAAUUGCAUAAAUUUUCACAUACAUGUGAUCAGAACCUACCUCAAACUGAAUUUGUUGGUCAUUUAAAUGAUAAUUCAGACAAAACAGAGAAUUUGAAGACGUUUGUCGCACAGGCCAAACAGAUUAAAGAAAAUACUGAAUUGUUCGAUAAACAUAUGGAACAGAAUUUGGUCGAUACCUUAGAAGAAUCCGAAGAGAAAAAUAGGCUGAAAAUGUCAGCAAGCCGAUCUCUAGACAGUUUCCAGUCGUUAGAACAAGAAUUACACACGUUUGAUUGUCAAGGAGGUUCUGAGGAAUUGUGUGAGGACUCUAAAAGCGAGGAUAUUUCAUUGGAUAUUACAGAAGAUACUCUCGAUAAUGUUGACGAUGGGCAGGGACGAAAUAAUUUUAUAGAAAAUGACUGUGUAAUUGUCAAAAAUGGCGAUCAAGUAGUGGAAAAUGUUUUACCUAAUUCAGUACCAGAAAUGAACGAAGAAUUGGAUUCUGAUGUGAAAAAUUUUAAUUAUUCAACAGAUAUGCAUUGUCCCAGUAUAUCCAACAAUGUUUAUUCAUCGGCUCAGCAAAAAUUGGAUUUCGCGAAUAGAAAUGAGCUUGAUGGUGAUGUAAAAGGUAACCAGGAGAAUGCUGUAGUUUCUGAAGCUACAAGCAUUGUCGAAUUUUAUGUCAGUGAAAUUGAGGAUGAAUCUCAUGCUAUGAUGCGAGAAGUUCUACAGAUCGCUAUCGAAUUUUGGAUCGAACACAAUCUUCCGAUUGAAAAUUUGGAAAAUAUAUUACUUCAACAUAUGAGUAAAUUCUUCUACCCGUUGGGACUGCUAUUGUUUUGUCAGCAAAAUAAGGAUGAGAAAAAUGAUGAAAAUCAAGAACAUAUUGAAACCAACAGUUUGGCCAUGAUGAAUUCCUUGUCAACGAAAUUCUGUCUUCAAGUCUGUUCCACUCUCUUGAGACACAUAGAUCAAGGCAGGCCAACACCGGAAUAUAUUGAACUUCUAGCACAGCUUUCGGCGAAACAUUACGGCCCUCCUAUUACUGGAUAUCCAGGUUCGAAUGGCAACCGCACUCCAGAGCAGAUGCUUGAUGGUGUUAUCAGUACAAUAUCUUCUGAAGAAUGUGAUUCCCGGCCAUUUAUUCACAUUAAGGCAAGAAAUGAUAAUGCUCCAGAUGAUGUUUCUAGUCUUCUUGCAACUGAAGAAGAUAUGAUGAUAUUUACUUGUGGUCAUCAUUUUCCUCUGUCCACGUACCUAUCAGAAAUUCUUCCUAGGAUGGAAGCGGAACUUUUGAUGAUGAAAACUUCUCCGCUUCCAAAUACAGUACAACUUUUGAGCGAUCUCCUUCAUCAACCAGGUAAAGUACAGACAGUCUGUCCGGUGUGUAUUCCACCUGCACUAGAAAACGUAGUCAAAAUUAUACCAAAAGGCUAGGUAUGUAUUUCAUCCCGGUAACGAUCUCACUGAAUUCAAAAUGACGUCGAAAAAACUUGGUGUCUUUCUCUUUGAUGAAAUAUAUGAUUUGCUGCAAGAGCUAAUGAGCAUUGUUCAUGAAAUUCGAAACAAAAAGUGAUGUGAUACUAUAUUGGUUAUAGUUAAAUAUAGAAUAUUAGGAAAAUUUAUUCAGAAUUACAAAGAUGUAUCACUUUUUAAUAUCAACUUACUAGAUAUAAUAAUUGCAGUAGUCGAAUUUAUAAGUUCAAUUGGAUAUGUGUUUCACAAUGCCAUACUACAUCUAUUGAUGUGGAAUAUUGGAUGUCAUAAAUGUCCAUUCACCAAAAGACAUGCUAUCUUAAUACUUUGAAUAGAAAAGUUGACUAAUUUGUGACAGUUUUCCAUAUGACUCAUUCACACAUUUAAAAGAACAUGAUUAUUUUAAUUGAGUGAAGGAAAUAUACAUAUAUUGUUAUCGGUAACACUUAUUUUUCCUUAAAUUUUGAGGAUACAAGGAUAUUUUUUAAGUCUCAUAAUUAUAAAAAAUGCAAGAAAUUUUUAUUGUCGUGCAAUGGCAAAAGCUAUUUUCUGAUGUUUGAAUUGAAUUCCUGUAAAUAUGCAUUAAAAGAUAAAAAUUAGAUCGAAUAAAAGAGAAAAAUGAAAGAAAAUAAUCGAACGUUAUAUGCUACAGAUUAAGACAAAGUUGUCACUGUAAUACUGUACUUUUCUAUUCACCAUUUAACUAUUGUCGAGUAUGGUGCACAUGUGAUCAGAAUUUAUCAACACGAUACUAUCUCAUGUACCCGUGAAAGUAACUACGAUGUUCUCAGCUGAAAAAAUUGAUUGCGAAUAAUGACUGUAAUUAUAAAUUAGAAACAGAAUACUCGAAAUUUGCCAGAUAGUUGGUACUCUGGACAAUUGAAAAGAAUGAUCAACGCUUAGGUCUAAAAUAGGUUAUUAAAAAUUAUAGCUAUUUAUUAGGAAGUUGUCGUGUAAUUAAUUCUAGAUUGUUUGAUUUCAAAGUUAUCACCUAUAAUAUUUAGUUUUUCAAAUAUAAAAAUAUUUAAUGAAAAUUAUAUAUAUGUAUAUGGUAGGAAAGUUCAGGGUCUGUACUUAGAUCUUCCAUUAUUACACUGAAAAUUUUUGUGCAUAUAUAGCAUAGGGGAAUGAACAUUAAAUUAUUCACAUACCUAUAUUGGAUGGUAGUAAAAGUACAAUGAAAAUAUAGAGCUCAAAUCUAAUCAAAUGUAAGUUUUAUCUGUUUUGAAACAGAAAACGGUAUUCAAAAUCACUCUCAAAAAGUGAAAACAAGAAUAAAGUAGCAAUUGUAAUAUAUAAUAAAGUAGUCGAAAUAUUUGAAACAGCCAAAGUUCUGAGCUCUGAAUUAUUAUGUUACAUGCGCAAAAUUCAAGCUUCUAUACAAAAUCUAAUAUUAAAUUCUCUGUAAUAUUGGAGUACGCUUUGUUUCCUCUCAACUGCUCAAACUCACAAAGUAGUAUGUAGAGCUGUGACAAAACUGUCCAGUGUGUGAUUAUUGAUGUAUAUAUUAUACAUGUAUGUAUUGAUGCACCUUGCAUACCUAUGUAGAUAACAUUCUAUUACCCUAUGCUACGUAUCCAAAAGUGAUAGCUUUUCAGUUAUAGAGUUGACUUUAUAAUGUUAUUAAAUUUGAAUAAGCCUUUAUCAUUGUAUCGGCGUACUAGUCAUUUGUGUUAAUCCACAGUUUAGAAAGAUUUCUUAGUCCGAUUACAGUAGAUCUGGUUAUGGGUCAGUAGAGUUUUGGUGGAUCGUGAUGUUGAUAAGCACCCGUAAAUAUACAAUAUUAUUCGAUCAGUUGUUUCGCUGAUAUUGUUUGUUAAAUUUAACACCUUCGGUUGGAAAUCAAUGGUUCGCUUUCUUGAUAAAAGUUUCACCUAUGAUUUCUGUAAAAUAGAGUCAUGAUGAAACUAUUAUUACCUCGAAUUCGCUCAAAUAAAAAAUACAUCUGAUGCCACUGCUUCUGGUAUAAUGGGCGGAAAUUUUGAUAACUUCGAUAAAUUAAGAUCUCAGAAAUAUAAUAAUCUAGUAGAUCUGCUCAUCUACGGUUUAACGAAACUUUCACGCCGUUGGGAAUAUCUUCGCUCACACAUUAAAUUUCUUCUACUACUAAGAAUGUUCAUUGUUCUACAAUAAAAUAUCUUAGUCACUGAUCUCUAUUGACUUUGUAUGCAAAAUUGAUUUAUUCUAAAAUUUAUUAUAGCGAAGAUAUUUUUUCAGCAAUUUAUGAUUUGCCGUUAUUCAUCAUUCUCUGAAUUUGUUAUAAACUGUAGCAAGUAGCGGGGUGAGUUAAAAAAUGCCGCCCAUUUGAAACGAAAACUGAUUGACGUGUAUUUAGGAAUGUUGCUUUUGAGAUACGCAAUUGGAAUUGGUUUUGUCAAAAAAGUUAGCGUAUGCAAUAUCGUUAACAGAAAUAUGGAAAGUAACACAAUGCCGGUUCACGAUAAAAAAAAGGAGGAGCAAGUAUUAGAAAAGGAAAUACAAUUAAAGGAACACUUUGGAUGAUGUCCUUAUGACACUUCAAAAUUUACUCACAAGUUUCUAUCCUGUAUCUAUUUUUAAUUUAUAAUUGAAGAAAUAUUAGUAAAUAUUUAUUAAAAAUAAACGAACGAAAAAAAAAAA